AUGGAGCAGUUCUGGGUCACGGCAGAAACUUUAAGUCUUCGUCAGGAAAGAAAUGUAGCGAAGGACUGGCAGAUGCUGUACAGCCCGGUGAAUACCGCGGCCAAAGGUGGCAAACAAUUGUUACACAGCAAGUCCAGUGAGCCGCUGCAAGACCCUGAUGACUGUCGGAAACGAUGGGUUGUGCACUUCGCAGAGUUUCUCAACAAACCUGAACCUCCGAGUGGAACGAUCAUGGAAGAAGUCAAAAACGUCAAAUACCUCGGCUCUGUACUGGCAAGGGAUGAAAAGUGCAACUUGAAAUUAGCGCUGGAGUCUGUGAGCUUCGGGCGAUUUUCUGACAAGGCCAUCUAUCCGGACUGCAACAAAAUCACCGCCGUCUUCUCAAUCCUGAUGUACAGGCUUUGA